CAUAAAUCGUCGUGAUGUUGAGUUGCAAACUAUUAAAUAGUUUUUAAAUAAAUAAUUAGUAAGUGAUCAAUAAAAUAUAAGUGAUAAAUAUAUUGAUAAAUAUUUAAAGUGUAAAUAAAUAUAAAAAAAGUAUUUAUUGUUGAAAUAUGGGGCGCAGUAAUGAUAAAGACCGUCAUCAUAGGAGACGAUCAAGAUCUCGUUCCCGAUCACGUUCAUCAGUGACACCUGAAAAAAAACGCCGUCGCUCCCGGAGCAGAGAACGUGACCGUGACCGCGACCGCGAGCGUGACAAGGAAAAGUCAUCGCGGUACCGCGACAGACGAAGUCGUUCGCGAGACCGCGAUCGGGACCGUCGCGACCGUGGAGACCGUGAUCGUAAACGCGGCGAUAGCAAAGAAAAACGUUCCGACUCUUCAAAGUCGCGGUCGACGAAAGACCGCAAGCGUUCGCGGUCGAAAGAAAAAAAAGACAAGGACAAGAAUGACGAGGAUUUGCCAUUCGAUCACACGAAAUUAGACAAAGAGGAGGAACAGAAACGUCUGGAGCUGGAGAUGCAGAAACGCCGUGAGCGGAUCGAGCGUUGGCGGGCCGAGCGCAAGAAAAAUGAACUAGAGGCGACCAAGAAAGACGGGAAGCCGAUACUCGCAAAUCUCCAAUUGCCGAUGAAGAAGUGGUCGCUGGAAGACGACAGUGACGAAGAAACUCCUCUCGUACCUGCAGUGGGUGUCAAAGAGGGCGAGGAAGGCGAAGUCAAAGAAGAACCCGCCGAGCCCAAGCCAGAAGCGCCAGCAGAAGAAGAAAUCGAUCCGCUGGACGCAUUCAUGGCCGAAGUCCAAGAAGAAGUUCGUAAAGUAAACAAAGUUGAUCCCACAGCAAAGUCUACUUCCAACGGAAACUCAACGACGUCGAAUCAAAGCGGAGUCGUGAUCGUGACCGGGGUGGCCAAGAAGAAGGUGCAGAAGCAGAAGGGCGAGUUGAUUGAACAGAACCAGGACGGCCUCGAGUAUUCCAGUGAAGAGGAAAGCGAAAAUCUCCACGAGACCGCAGCCGGUAUCGCCAACAAACAGAAGCGCGAGCUCGCGAAAGUUGACCAUGCGAACACUGACUACUUGCCCUUCCGCAAAUCUUUUUACGUUGAAGUCCCGGAGAUCGCGAGGAUGACCAACGAAGAGGUGGACUUAUACAAAGAAGAGCUGGAGGGAAUUCGCGUCAAAGGCAAGGGCUGUCCCAAGCCAAUAAAAUCCUGGGCCCAGUGCGGGGUCACCAAGAAAGAGCUCGAGGUACUGAAGAAACUCGGGUACGAGAAGCCAACUCCUAUUCAGUGCCAGGCGAUUCCUACGAUAAUGUCCGGUCGUGACUUGAUAGGAAUCGCGAAAACAGGAAGUGGUAAAACUCUGGCAUUUUUGCUGCCGAUGUUCCGGCAUAUACUCGACCAGCCUCCGCUGCAAGACGGCGACGGACCCAUCGCCUUGAUAAUGACCCCGACUCGGGAGCUCUGCAUGCAAAUUGGCCGGGACUCGAAAAAGUUUGCAAAGUCCCUGGGUCUCAGUCACGUCUGCGUGUACGGAGGCACGGGAAUUUCCGAGCAGAUCGCGGAGUUGAAACGCGGGGCGGAAAUAAUCGUCUGCACCCCGGGUCGUAUGAUCGACAUGCUCGCAGCCAACAGCGGGAGAGUCACUAAUUUACGCAGGGUCACUUACGUGGUGCUGGACGAAGCGGACCGGAUGUUCGACAUGGGGUUCGAGCCCCAGGUGAUGCGGAUCAUGGAGAACGUCCGUCCCGAUCGUCAGACGGUUCUUUUCAGCGCGACCUUUCCUCGACAAAUGGAAGCGCUGGCCCGGAGGAUCCUCACGCGGCCGGUCGAGGUCCAGGUCGGGGGUCGGUCCGUAGUCUGCAAGGACGUGGAGCAGCACGUGGUCGUUCUUGAAGAAGACCAGAAGUUCUACAAACUCCUGGAGAUACUGGGCCACUAUCAGGACAAGGGCUCGAUCAUUGUCUUCGUAGACAAGCAGGAGAAUGCCGACACUCUGCUGAAGGAUUUGAUGAAGGCUUCGUACGCCUGCAUGUCUCUGCACGGCGGGAUCGAUCAGUGCGACCGUGACUCGACGAUCCUGGACUUCAAAGCCGGGCGCACGAAGCUGCUGAUCGCGACUUCCGUCGCCGCACGUGGUCUUGACGUAAAGCAGCUGGUCCUGGUCAUCAACUACGACUGUCCCAACCACUACGAGGACUACGUCCAUCGCUGCGGGCGAACUGGACGUGCUGGCAACAAAGGGUACGCGUACACGUUCAUCACUCCAGAGCAGGAAAAAUACGCCGGUGAUAUUUCACGUGCUCAUGAGUUGGCUGGCGUUCCAGUUCCUGAUAAACUCAAAAUUCUAUGGGACCGGUAUCGCGCCCGAUUGGCUGCUGAUGGUAAGAAAGUCCAUACUGGCGGUGGGUUCAGCGGCAAAGGCUUCAAAUUCGACGAGUCCGAAGCCGCGUUGGCCAACGAGAAGAAAAAGUUCCAGAAAGCGGCUCUGGGUCUCCAGGACUCCGACGACGAGGACAUUGAGAAUGACAUCGAUCAGCAGAUUGAAAUAAUGCUCGCACCCAAGAGAAGUAUUAAAGAGAUAACGCGUCCUGCUGCUGCUAGUCUUGGUCUCACUGGACAGCCGGUGCCCAGUACUACGGACAAGUUGGAACUCGCCAGGAAGUUGGCCUCCAAGAUCAACAUCGCCAAGAACUUGGGCGCUGAAGCCAAAGGAGCGACUCAACAGGCCGCGGAAGCGAUUCUCAAAGGCGCUGGCCCGACAAAUCUCAUCACCGCGAAAACUGUCGCGGAACAAUUAGCGGCGAAGCUCAACACGAAACUUAACUACCAGCCGCGCGAGGAAGAUCUCCUGGAAGGCGAGGGCGAGAUCGGAGAGCAGACUUUCAAGAAAUACGAGGAAGAGUUGGAGAUAAAUGACUUCCCUCAGCAAGCGCGUUGGCGGGUCACCAGCAAGGAAGCCCUCGCUCAGAUAUCCGAGUACUCGGAAGCUGGACUUACUGUCAGGGGUACUUACAUUGUGCCGGGUAAGAGUCCGCCAGAGGGUGAACGGAAACUCUACUUGGCUAUCGAGUCGACCAGCGAGAUGGCCGUCAGCAAAGCCAAGGCUGAGGUCUCGAGGUUGAUUAAGGAAGAGUUGAUAAAAUUACAAUCUUCGGGAGCUCACACUGCGUCCCGCGGCCGUUAUAAAGUUUUGUAAAUUAGGAUUUCUUUUUAUUAAUUCAGGGAUUCGUCCCUGGAUUAUUUUACGGCAAUACUUGCUCUAAAUAAUUUUUUUUAUUAUUAUUUUUAUUAGUGAUACUGACAUGGAAAUAAAUGAAUGUAAUAUUGAAUAAAA